AUCAGCAUGUGAGGCGAUAAUAUGGGGAAGAAGGUAGUGACUUGGUAACUACAAUACCCAUGCUGCUUCUGUCGCGCGGGUUGUCUGACGGACGGGCGGUCGUUGGCUUGAUCGGGCGUGGAGGGUGUUGUACGUGAGGCCGGUGCGGCACUGCGGCCUGACAAGCAGAGGGGGGAGAGAGAGUACAAGGGAAAAGCGAACGCUAGCAUUAUCGAUAGGUUAAACUUGAGCCGUCAAUUAACUGAGUGAGGGACGGAGGAAGGGUAAAGAGUAGUGCACUGCACAGCCCUGCUUCAGCCACGUACAUGCGGUUUUCCUUGAGCGCCGCUGCCGCCGGAAGCCCCCGCCCGCCAGCACCAUUGACCGAUUGUACAGUUCGUUUCUCAACAUGAGCGGCAGUAGCCGGCCCAGGACUAGCUCUUUUGCAGAUCCAGGGGCCGGAGGUGCUGGGCCUGGCAAAGCAGGGGCUUCAGGAGCUGCUGGGGUCGGAGGAGCAGCUGGAGGACCUCAGUCGGGAAGCGUUACGGCCGCUGGCAGCAGUACAGGAGCCGCCUCGGGACUUGCCUUCGGGAACAUGAAGUUGGGCCGGGACAGUGGCAAAGUAACAACUGUGGUGGCAACACCGGGACAAGGUCCUGACCGUCCUCAAGAAGUGUCUUACACAGAUAUAAAAGUAAUUGGAAAUGGUUCCUUUGGAGUUGUGUAUCAGGCUCGAUUGGUAGACACUAGUGAGUUGGUAGCAAUUAAGAAAGUUCUGCAAGACAAGAGGUUUAAGAAUCGAGAGUUGCAGAUAAUGCGAAAGUUGGAUCACUGUAACAUCGUCCGGUUAAGAUACUUCUUUUACUCCAGCGGAGAAAAGAAGGAUGAAGUGUACUUGAACCUGGUUCUGGACUUUGUUCCUGAAACGGUGUAUCGUGUGGCUCGUCACUUUAGUAAAGUCAAGCAGACUAUUCCCAUAAUUUAUGUGAAGGUGUAUAUGUACCAGUUGUUCCGCAGUUUAGCGUAUAUUCAUUCCCAAGGAGUGUGCCACCGGGAUAUUAAACCACAGAACCUCCUGGUAGACCCAGAGACUGCUAUUCUAAAACUCUGUGACUUCGGCAGUGCAAAGCAGCUAAUAAGAGGAGAGCCUAAUGUGUCAUACAUCUGCUCACGGUACUACAGGGCACCUGAACUUAUCUUUGGAGCAACAGACUACACUUCAAAUAUAGAUAUAUGGUCAGCAGGCUGUGUACUAGCAGAGCUACUCCUAGGACAGCCAAUUUUUCCAGGAGACAGUGGUGUCGACCAGCUGGUUGAAAUUAUUAAGGUUUUGGGGACACCAACAAGGGAACAGAUUCGUGAAAUGAAUCCAAAUUAUACAGAAUUCAAAUUUCCACAGAUAAAAGCACAUCCUUGGUCAAAGGUAAGCAAACGAGGCAACUGUCUGCAGUAA